UUCCUCUACUAUUUAAACAACCACGAACAAAACUAUUAACUGCUCCAAGGAUUCUCCAGAGUAUUUGAGAUGAAUGCUAUAUAAGGGUGGGAAAAUGUCUCUGUAACAUUUGUUGUGCAUCUUCAGUCUUCAGGCUACGGUCUUGUCAUGUUUGAGUAUUGCCUAAUAUCCAAAGAAGGAGAAGGAAGGUCUGGGUGAUGAUUCAUUUGCCUUGAUCCUUGAAGACCCUCAAAACUCCUCCUGACCUCCAGAUAUAAAGCGUGAAGCCUUUUUAUGAUUGCUGACUCUGGAGAGGAUCGGAGGCAGCGUGGAUCUACAGGAGGAUCUCCAAGAUGUCCAAGGCAAAGGCGGCACCCCCUCCUGGGUGCACUCUGAACAUCAACGAUCCUCAGGUCCAGGAAGCUGCUAUCCGAAUCCAGGCCUCAUAUCGCGGACACAGGUCGCGUAAAGAGCUGCGAGAGAAAGGUCCUCCUAAGAUCCUGCAGGAGCUCAAAGAUGUGGUUCUUGUUGAGGGCAGCGCUGCAAAGCUGGAGUGCAGAGUCAGUGCUUUCCCAGAUCCUUUCAUUGUCUGGUACAAGGAUGGCAAAGAGCUGAAGGACGGUCCCAAGUACCGCUAUGUGUUUGAAGACCCGGAUUUUGUGGCGCUCGUGGUUCGAGACGGGGUUCUGGCUGAUCUGGGAAAAUACACUGUCACCAUUAAGAAUCCAUUCGGACAGACAUCAGGAUCUGCUUGUAUUCUAGUGGAGGUCCCUGCCAAGGUUUCUAAAGGCCCUGACAACAUGAAGGCCAAGAGAGGGACAACAGUUGUGCUCAAAGCUGAAAUAAGUGGAGAACCUCCUCCGGAUGUUGCCUGGCUCAAAGAUGGAGAUGACAUUGAAGAAGACGACAGGGUAUUCUUUGACAUUGGAGACACCAACACAAUCUUGACCAUCAAAAAUGCAAAAUUGUCCGAUGCUGGCAAGUAUGAGGUGUUUGUGGAGAAUAGUCUAGGCACAGACCAGUCCUUCGCUCGUGUGGACAUCCUCUAAUGCAGCCUCAUACUAACACGAUGAGCCCCUGUUCUCUUACAGUACAAUCCAGUGGGCAAUAUGCUAUAGUAACGCUCUGUUCAAAGCUGUACAUAACUUA